AUGCCUACAGCAAAGAAAGCAAAAGUUUCAAAGUCGAAUGGUGAGGAGAAGCCCAAAGUCGACGUCCCAAAAGGCAGCAAAUUGGCGCAGAAAACACCGGAUGCUAGUUCUGCCAUUGAACCUGACGUGCAGAUAGACGUAUCUACCCCACCUCCUGUAUUGCAUCAACUUCUUCAGUGCUUUUCUGAGGAACAAAUCGCACUGGUGUUGUCAAUUUUGAAAGCAAAGCCAGAUGAGAUAUCCAUCAAAGAUUACUUGAAUGAGUUACGAGAAUCCAUCAAAAAUGAAGAAUCACGAAGCAAUCGUAUAGUUGAUUCAGGGGAGUUUUGGAAACGACAGUUUGAAAGUGAGCGUGUUCUUACAGAAAAACUACAGACUCGCGUCGGAAGUCUACAGAAGAGAUUACAACGCUGUCGUACGCCAUCCAUGAGAUCUUCAUUUGCAGAUUCUGAAGAAGAGGAGAUCCCGAAUAUCGCCCCGCGCUCCUCUGAGUCUCAUGAGGUCCAAACUUUGGAGCCCGCCAAACAGAAGAAAAGAAGAAGAUAUGAGAGUCUAGAUACUAUCCCGAAUGAGGACGAUGAGAUGGGAACCGAUUCAUUGGCUUUGGGCUAUGAUCAUGAUAGUAUGAUGGUUACCACUUAUUUAUAUGAAAUCACGAAAUUCCGUCGAUCUCUUCACGAUGAAUCAGCGAUCACCCCGUGUCGCAAGCUUAUAGAAUUGAGUUGGAAGGCAAUCUCCGACUGCCUGCCCAAAUAUAUCGAUGUCAGAGAAACAAACUACCAUACGAAAGUUAUCAAAUGCCUAGCGCAUCUUAUGAGCGAGAUCGUUGAGUGCCAUAAGAGCUGCGUUGAGGUUUCAACUGAGCAUUACAAAACCAUCGUGGGAAGGGAGCUGGUGAGGAAAUCAAAUGUUAUAUAUUCAUUAUGCUCUUUCUUCGAUAAAACGUUGAGCGAGAUGCACAGGCUGUGCAGUGCGAAAGCCAAACUUCCGAUACGUUCAGGCGACUCGAAAUCAGACCCAGUCAAAGUUUCUGUGGGUAAUGGCGAACCAAUGAUGAUCCGCUUCAUUGCCAACCUGUUGAUUGGCAUUCUUAGAAAAAUCAAUUGGCAGCAAAAUAAUGACUUGCAUAAACAGAUAUUUGAAGGCACACUCGCAACCAUACUCGAUCACACCGGUAAAAUGCUCUCCGACAUCAUAUUCAGGGAAAAUGUUGCUGCUUCCAGAUUACCAGGAAACAUUAGUUCUGGGGAACCUUCUCUUCAGUUGUCGAAAAACGAGUCCGCUUUGAAGUCUAAAUACCUUAUUCACAUACUUGAGAUGGCACUCAAAAUCCAAAAGGAAAAGAUGGGUACUGGAACAACCGAAGAACUUCUGAAGAAAGCCAAAAGGAAAAUCCAGAACACUCUUAAAAAUAGCAUAAUUGGAGGAGGCUUGUUGGGGUUGAAGAUUCCGGACCACAUUGAUGAGGAACCAAUAGAUAUCCCGGAAUUAGAAGGGUUGGAGAUGUAUGGGGAAGAGUGGACUGUACAAUGCGUGUUUACUAUGGUAGAGAUAGAUGAGGAUGAGGAUAUUAAGGGAGUGGGAGGAGUAGAGAGGCAGUUGUAGGUUGAGAUGGUGCAGGUUGAGAUCUUGGGAUCGGGAGCUGAACUUGCUGAGGUUUAGAUGAACAAAUAGUGGCAAUUGGGAAUGGGAAAAUAUGAGGGCAUUUAAAUAACAAGAGCUGGAUUUAGAGAAGAAUAUUUGGCCUGUGCGUUUGUGCUGGGCUAUAUAUAGGUUGGAUCUGAGAUAUCAUACGGAGACUUCUGGAAUUAUGUCUUGCUAACACUGUGGAACAUUUCUAGAAGAAAAAAAUGUUCAUGAUAGUUUGGCGAAUUAUUCGGAAGACUUGUCAAUAGAUUUGUAUGAACAUGAUGUAGUAUUGUGCUGUGAUAUUGUUGUGUACGAUGUACAAUAACCAAGUAUUGAAUAGUAUCAAGUUCAAGAAGAUUGCAUCCAUUGAGUGGUAAAUGAUAGAUAAAUAAAAACCAUACGCAUAUUUAUCUGAAGAAUGAGCUGGAAAACA